CAUAAUUCUCAGCUUCCGUCUUUUCUCCCCCACUCUCUUUUCAAUCUCUUCUAUCUUUCUUGUCUCUGUCUAUUUCACUUAUCUUUUUAAGUGUAGAAUAAUAGUAGUGUUUUCUCUGCUUUUCCUUUUAGUUAUCUGAUCGUAAGCUACAUUUCUCAGGCAGAGUUCAAAUACCUUCAACAACCCACAAACCAAGUAGAAAAUGAAGAAGUUUGUGCUGAAGUUGGAUUUGGAAGGUGACAAAGAGAAGCAGAGGAGGGCUUUGAAGACUGUGUCUGCCCUUUCAGGGAUUGACGAAAUCUCCAUCGACUUGAAAGGAAAGAAACUAACGGUGAUUGGAACAGUUGACCCUGUGACUGUGGUGAGCAAAUUGCGCAAAAAGAAUUGGCCGGCAGACAUCAUCUCCGUCGGCCCAGCCAAAGAACCGGAGAAAAAAGAGGAGCCGAAGAAGGAAGAGCCUAAGAAAGAGGAGGCGAAGAAGGAGGAGGACAAGAAAGAGGAGCCGAAGAAGGAGGAGGCCGCCAAGGAAGAACCAAAGAAAGAAGAGCCAAAGAAGGAGGAGGGAGCCAAGGAAGAACCGAAGAAAGAAGAACCCAAGAAGGAGGAGGAGAAAAAACCCGAGCCGGAACUGGUGCUUGGCACAGCAUUUCCUGGCACAGCGCUGCCGUACAGGCCGUACUAUCCUCCGAUGAACACAUACUACUAUGUGCACCACAGCGUGGAAGAAAACCCGAAUGCAUGCGUUAUCAGCUGAAACAAUGAUAUGGGAUCUAUGGUCCUUUUUCCCCCUUGUUCUUGGUUUUGUAGAAUUUAUGCAAAUCCAAGGCUAAAAAACUCGGUAGACCGAUCAAACUUUGGUUUUACAAAGUAAUGUGUUAUUAGUAUAUUCAAGAUUUUGUGGAUGUGUACAUAAUUUAAUAAAAGUUUUGCUCGUCAUCAA